AUGGUCACUUCACCCCUGCACGUGGCACGGAUACAGGGACAGAGGAGUGAUGAAAACCCUGUCCUGGACCUAAAUGCCUGUCCCUUGUGUCGGCCCUUGGUGUCGGCCCUUGUGUCGGCCCUUGUGUCGGCCCUUGUGUCGGCCCUUGUGUCGGCCCUUGUGUCAGCCCUUGUGUCAGCCCUUGUGUCAGCCCUUGUGUCGGCCCUUGGUGUCGGCCCUUGUCCCUUGUGUCAGCCCUCGUGUCAGCCCUUGGUUCUGUCAGCCCUUGUGUCAGCCCUUGUGUCAGCCCUUGUGUCAGCCCUUGUGUCGGCCCUUGUCUCAGCCCUUGUGUCAGCCCUUGUGUCAGCCCUUGGUGUCAGCCCUUGUGUCGGCCCUUGGUGUCAGCCCUUGUGUCUGCCCUCGUGUCGGCCCUUGGUGUCAGCCCUUGUGUCAGCCCUGUCGGCCCUUGUGUCGGCCCUUGUGUCGGCCCUUGGUGUCGGCCCUUGUGUCAGCCCUUGUGUCAGCCCUCGUGUCAGCCCUUGGUUCUGUCAGCCCUUGUGUCAGCCCUUGUGUCAGCCCUUGUGUCAGCCCUUCUGUCGGCCAUUGUGUCAGCCCUUGUGUCAGCCCUCGUGUCAGCCCUUGGUUCUGUCAGCCCUUGUGUCAGCCCUUGUGUCAGCCCUUGUGUCGGCCCUUGUGUCGGCCCUUGUGUCGGCCCUUGUGUCAGCCCUUGGUGUCGGCCCUUGUGUCGGCCCUUGGUGUCGGCCCUUGUGCCGGCCCUUGUGUCAGCCCUUGUGUCGGCCCUUGGUGUCGGUCCUUGAUGUCGGCCCUUGGUGUCGGCCCUUGGUGUCGGCCCUUGGUGUCGGCCCUUGGUGUCGGCCCUUGGUGUCGGCCCUUGUGUCGGCCCUUGUGUCGGCCCUUGUGUCGGCCCUUGGUGUCGGCCCUUGUGUCGGCCUUGUGUCAGCCGGCCCUGGUGUCGGACCUUGA